UAUUGGCCAGCCCCGCGAGGCCGCAGUCCAGCGGAGUCCGAGGGCUGUGUCAGACUGCUCCGCUGCCAUGGCGUCCUACUUCGAUGAACACGACUGCGAGCCGUUGGACCAACAGCAGGAUGCCCGAACUAACAUGCUGCUGGAGCUCGCAAGGUCACUUUUUAACAGGAUGGACUUUGAAGACUUGGGGUUGGUAGUAGACUGGGAUCACCACUUGCCUCCACCUGCUGCCAAGACUGCAGUUGAGAACCUCCCCAGGACAGUCAUCAGGGGCUCUCAGGCUGAGCUCAAGUGCCCCGUGUGUCUUUUGGAAUUUGAGGAGGAGGAGACUGCCAUUGAGAUGCCUUGCCAUCACCUCUUCCAUUCCAACUGCAUUCUGCCCUGGCUGAGCAAGACAAACUCCUGCCCCCUGUGCCGCCAUGAGCUACCCACUGAUGAUGACACUUAUGAGGAACACAGACGAGAUAAGGCUCGCAAGCAGCAGCAGAAGCACCGACUGGAGAACCUCCAUGGAGCCAUGUACACAUGAGGUGGAUGGGGCUGAGCAUCCAUCCCCCACAGCAUCUUCCUCUUGUGCCUCAAAUCUCAUUAAAGGUUUCUUUACCCA